AUGGACGUUGAUGAAGACAUGAUGCACGAGCACACGAAGGACGAGAACCUCUUUGCUAAAUCUUCUGAGCUCACUGCGGCUUUCUAUUCUCACCUCCCAGUUGAGGUGAAGCAAAUCUUGAAGAAUGCAGACUUCUAUAGCCAAGGAUUCACGGGAGAGGUCGACACGCUGACUGACUAUGCAGUCGUCGCGUCUCGCGAGACGUGCUUUGUAUGGCAGUACUCUCAGGCCCUGACUGGGAUCCCAACGUGUUAUAUUUUUCAAUGCCCACGGAGUAACUGGGGCGACAACUUGUCGACGCCAUUCCAUGCUCUCGUUCCACAUGGACAGACAAGGGAGCCAGGACUCAUUGUGAUAUCUACUGGUGGUGUGAUCCGUUAUUGGGACAGUCUCGGAAUAGGCCUUGCUGGUGGAGACAACUUCUCUGUCACUGAACUCAAUCUCGAGAGCGAAGAACAGGUGACAACAUUGACCAGGGCAGACCCACACACGUACAUAGCCUCAACUUCAGCAGGUCGUUUAUUCCGUCUGUCGCUGACUGUGAGUGGGGGCCGCCACCAUCUCGUAUUUCGCACCUUUGGCCAAAAUCAGUCAUCGGGCUCUCUUACACGACUUCUGUCGUUCUUGUCGUCUCCUACCAGUCUCCUACCAGAGACAGGCAACAUCACUGCUGUUGCGCUUGCGAAUGAGACAGAGGAUGUGAUGGAGAGGUUCUUGUGGAUCAUCUCAGAUACACGGCUACAAAAGUGGAGCAUGUCUGUCGAGGGCUGGGAACAGUUACGCUUUGAGCAGGAGGUGGCUGAGCAGGUACAAGAUGCCAUACGGAAAGCAUUCCCCUCUGCGCCCUCCGAUGACGCAGACCUCGACCUAGAAUUGUUGGACUUGAAGAUCGAGAGUAAUACCCGUGACCAUGGCAAAUUACUUCUCCUGAUCUCCUACGCAGCUCAAGAAGAGGAAUCAGCUAUGGACCCCAAUGUCCCUCCUCGAAGAAUUCAUGCCCUUGUCCGCCUUUCCUGCGGGCAGCCCGCUCCAGUAGUGACAAGCGUACAGAGUGUACCAUAUCAGAGUACAUUACUGACGGGUGCCCCGAUGCAUCCUCGAAUGAACAUGAUCCUGGACGGCGAGCUAGUAGCUGUUCAAUUUGGAGAUGCCGUGACCCUCUGCGCUCGAGAUAAUGACUACAUGGACCGCUUCGAGCUUAAAUCUACAGAGGACCGCACGCUCGGAGUCGGAGUUGUACCUGGUGAUAGCGAGGUGCUUCUACUGACCGCCACAGUCUUGAUGAAAGCACUCAUUGAUAUGGAUCAAGUCAAGAGAUAUAAUCCCCAGAGUGGUCGCGCCAAUCUCAUCAAGUCAAUCAUGACUCAAGCGAUCCUAUAUGGCUCCUCUCCUGAGAACCCCUUACAUUUCAGCUUUCCGCCCGACAUCGACGAAGAAGCCCUAAUGUCAGGGGCAGAGCAGCUCAGCCAAGCUGUUAUGCAAUCCGACUGGGAGCUGAUCAAACCAAACCAUGAUCUUCAUACACAGAUGUCAAAUCGGAAGGACCGACUGAGCUUCCUCAUCAAAUUCAUCAACGAUAACGGUGUUCUUGGGAAGAUGUCUCAACGAACUCGUCAACGAUUGGCGACAGAUGGAGAGAAAUUGUACGCCGCACAUCAGCUCUGGAUGCAGCACAACAACUUUCUUGGCGCGAGCCAAUCCAACAGUGUACUAUUAUAUGACGCAGUGUUAGCCUACAUGGACGCAGUCGGGGAAGGUAAUCAUGACGACUUCGUUCGCGCAUUCUUCAGAAUGAAAGUCGAAGAUCUUGGGGGUCUUCUGCCUUACGUGCUUGGCAUUGUCAGGCAAUCCUCCUACGAGCAUAGCCUCUCUUUGCCCGACGACAUAUCACAAGCCAAUUGGAUCGUGGUUACCAUCCUCAAGUCAGCAAUUAGCUAUCGAGAAUACAACAUGGCGGUAUAUGGCAUCACGUUACCUCUGCUCGAUCCAUGGUCAAGUCAGCCGUCGGUCGUCGAAGUCCUCUCAGAACUCUUUAGCCUGACUACAAAGCUGGUGGAGACCCCUGUGGCUGAUCCAGAGAUAGUGAAGGCAAGAGCCGUCCCCAAGGGUCAGCUGCCGGAACUGGCGACAUGGAUGUUCGCUUGCAUACAGGAACGGUUGGACUGGUUAGAUAGCCCUGCCGCUGCUGCAGACUCUGCGUCCGAGCGAGAGCGCAUUGAUCUCGAAAACACGUUUGAACAGUCACGUCCUGAGAUUCUGGAGGCCCUACGCAGGAACAAAUUCGCCGACGAGGCUUUCCAGCUGGCGGAGAAAUACCGCGACUUCCGCAGCCUUGCAUCUCUUUGCCAUAAGGACACUAUCUAUCCACCACAAGAUAAUCCGAACGCUGAGCGGAUCCAGUCCUACAUAGACAAGUUCAAGGAGGAGUUCACGACGGAGUUGUAUCAGUGGUACAUCGAACAUGGGGAACUGCGGACAAUGUUUGCUCAGCAGGACGACGAGUAUCUGGAUGAUUAUUUCUCUGAGCAUCCAAAUAUGUCCGUCUCGUGGCUUCACGAUCUGGGGAAGCGCCGCUACAGCCUUGUGUCGGAGGCUCUGCUCACAGAAGCGGGGCGCGCCACAGAGCUCGUCUCGAAGCACCUCGUCCUCAGCAUCGGGAAGCUCGCUCAAAUCGCUCAGCUACAUGAGAACAAUAUCCCAAUUGAUCAGAGUGUGCUCGAUGCGUUCCACGAUGGGUUGGACUUCGUCAGCAUUCACGAGACACUCAUAGACGACCUCAAAUCUGCCCUGGCCCCUCUUCGAGGAAAACAAUCGCUGGAGAAGCAGGUCGAAACGAUUGCAGAGACCAAAGCCUCGCGGCUGAGCAAGCGCAGAGCACUCCAACAUGUCUUCAAGUUGCUUGUGCGCCGGUUACUUCAAGGGAAAGCAUUGGCGCCGGAAGACAUUGCUGAAAUUCUUAGUCUGAAGGAUAACACCAACAGUCCGGAGAGUUACGCCACCGCCCUUGAUAUUCUUAAUAGAGCCCAAAAUAUUCCGAACGCUCGAGUCAAGGCUGCCUACAGAAGCAUCUGGAGACGCAUCUAUAUCCACGACGACUGGGACGUAUUGCGCCAGACAGUCAACGUAACAGACGAGGAAGUAAACGCGAGGUUCAGGGGUUCGGCGCUGUACGUCGCGCUGCGGGCGACGAUACGACCGAAUGCCGGAUUCGAAGGCUACAUUAUGGCGCCGUCCGAAGCCUUGGAGAUUCCGCAGCACGCCGAUAUCGCCUUGCGGUAUACAGGCAUCUCGCCGGACGAGGCUGAGGACAUAAGACGGGACUUGGAGGAGGAGAGCCAAGAGCUGGCAGAAUUAAGGAUGGACGAGACGUUCAUGUGCAUCCGGCAGCUAGUACAGGACGAUCUCAGGCGCGGUGAAUGA